AUAAAUAUUUGUAGUGCCACAUUCCCUCAACACAUCACGAAGCUAAUAAGCAUCUAUAGUUUAUAUCAUAGAUCAUAUCAUACACGUAGCAUUUUCAAAAUGAGUAUUUCAAACUACUCUUUUGCAGCCAUUGUUGCUAUAUUUUCUCUUCUCUUACUCCCUAGCAUGCAAUGCCAUGCACAACUUUCUUCCACAUUUUAUGAUCGUACUUGCCCUAAUGCUAUCAACACAAUUCGUACGAGUGUUAGACAAGCAGUUUCACGUGAACGUCGCAUGGCUGCAUCUCUCAUUCGUCUUCAUUUCCAUGAUUGCUUUGUCCAGGGUUGUGAUGCUUCCAUCUUACUUGAUGAGACUCCUACGAUUGUCAGUGAGAAGACAGCCUUGCCAAAUCUUGGGUCAGUUAGAGGCUAUGGUAUUAUAGAAGAUGCUAAAAGAGAGCUUGAGAAAACAUGUCCAGGAGUCGUAUCAUGUGCUGACAUACUUGCAGUUGCAGCUAGGGAUGCAUCAACUCUUUUUGGAGGUCCAUCAUGGACGGUGAAACUUGGAAGAAGAGAUUCUACCACCGCAAGUCAUACUCUUGCAGAAACGGAUCUCCCUGGUCCUUUUGAUCCUCUUACUAGGCUUAUUUCUAGCUUUGCCAACAAAGGCCUUAGCACAAGGGAUAUGGUUGCUUUGUCAGGAUCACAUUCAAUAGGUCAAGCACAAUGCUUCCUUUUCCGUGAUAGGAUUUACAGCAAUGAAUCAGACAUCGAUGUUGGAUUCGCUAGCACUAGAAGACGUCAAUGUCCUCAAGAAGAUCAAAAUGGAAACCUAGCUCCACUUGAUUUGGUCACACCAAAUCAAUUGGAUAACAACUAUUUCAAGAACUUGAGGCAAAGAAAAGGUCUUCUUCAAUCGGAUCAAGUUCUUUUAAGUGGCGGAUCUACUGAUGAUAUCGUUUUAGAAUAUAGCAAUAGCCCUCGUGCAUUUGCCUCUGAUUUUGCUGCUGCCAUGGUUAGAAUGGGAGAUAUCAGUCCUUUAACUGGUUCAAAUGGGAUCAUAAGAACUGUUUGCGGAGCUAUAAAUUAAUUUUAAUUUUCGGAAGCCUAUUCCUUGUAUGAUUGCUAAGUGUAUUUGUAUUCAUUUGAUUCUUUACCUAUGUAUUGUUUCAAGAACGAAAUAAAAUUUUCCUUAAGCUUUAAGAAAGUUGAAUGUUUUUACUACUAUAACUAGUCACCAAUAGCCUGUGCAAGUCAUGGACCCAACGAAUAUUUUAUUAAAAUUUAUUUUAAUUACUGUAAUUUAUAAUAUUUUUUAAAAUAUAUAAAAUAGA